AGAAAGAUUGGAAGUGGCAUAUGAACUGAAGAAAAUGAAUACAUAAUUCAUAACAUAUGAAUCCAUUUGUAUAUAGAGAAAUACUGUAAGUAGUUUUCUUUAACCCCAAUCAUUAGACCUUAUGUGAUGUACUCGAAACACACUGAUCGAUGUAGUAUGUACUAAACGCGUGACCUGAGCUGACCAGGGUAGGGUUGCACCAGCUGUGUAAGGUCUCAUGUAAGUUGAGAUGUAAAGUUCACACUAAGGGCUUAGUAACUACUAGUUAGUUUGUAACUAGUCAGUGCUUAAUCUGGUUGCAGCACCUGUUCUUAAUGCAAGACUCAACUAGUAGGUCGUCAGCUCUCCGUAAAGUGAUGCGUAGUCACAUAAUGUGACGUUUAGCUGUAUUUAUCCAAUAAACAACCUUCAAAUUUAUAUACAGAAGUGUUAAACAGCCGUGUAUUUCAGUUUGAUCUCAUUACAGCUGAUGUUCAAACCUCGUUUUCUCACGUCAGCUGUAAUAAAUUAUAUCCCCAUUAAAAUAUGAUACAUAAUAAAAGUAGAUUAAAUCGUAUAUUUGCCCUGUGUAAAUAAUAAUAUACAGGAACUGUAUCUAAAAUAAAUGAGGGGUGAUAAAUACUAAUACAACAGGCUGGAAAAAUAGACAUUCAUUUUAAUAUCUUAUAUAUUCUGAAUGUGUUGAAACUUGACACCGGGCGACACACCCUGAAAACUGCUACGUUAGAUCAGUUUCAUGCUGAAGAGCCGCUUAAAUGUUGUUUUUCUCUCUCGUAAAUGUCAACAUCAUAAUGGAUGUUGAAAUGAUUGAUGCCUGUCAUGGAAAACAUGAGUUCAUUGAUGUCAUUAAAUAUCAGUCUGCGUUAUUAUUCUAUCUGUUAGUCCUGGUCGUGGGGGCUUCCGUAAAUAUUUAGUUUAUAUGUAGGGUUACGUUCUACCUAAUGGUGCAACACUCAAAUAUUUAGUAGUGCAUAAAUUGUGACUUAGUGCCCGUUUAUGCCACAAUUAGGCUAAGGUUUAACUUACGUAUAGCUGGUGCAACCGGCCCCUGAUGAUCAGUUUGACGCUCCGCUGCGCGAGCGAUGUGCGCGUCAGACCGCUGCGAUUAAACGCUGAAAUCUGACGGAGUGAAACAUGAAGGAUCGCACGCAAGAACUCAGACAUGGGAAAGAGGCAGAAGAGGAGGAUGACGUGACUGUUGGUGUUGAGAAAGGCUUCAUGGAUGAGUUCUUUGAGCAGGUGGAGGAGAUUCGAGGAUUUAUUGACUCACUGGCAGAGAAAGUACAAGAAGUGAAGAGAAACCACAGCACUGUUCUGGCCUCUCCAAACCCCGAUGACAAAACAAAAUCAGAGUUGGAGGAGUUGAUGACAGAUAUUAAGAAGCUGGCUAAUGAAGUGCGCUCCAAAUUAAAGAAUAUCCAGCAGAGCAUCGAGCAGGAGGAGACUCUGAACCGCUCAUCAGCUGAUCUGAGGAUACGCAAAACACAGCACUCCACACUGUCACGUAAAUUUGUUGAAGUGAUGUCGGAAUAUAAUGCAACACAGUCAGACUACAGGGAACGCUGCAAAGGACGAAUUCAGAGACAACUGGAGAUCACGGGAAGAAAUACAACUAAUGACGAGCUAGAGAGUAUGCUGGAGAGUGACAAUCCAUCCAUCUUCACUUCAGGAAUCAUCAUGGACUCCAACAUCAGUGAGCAGGUCAUGAAUGAGAUUGAGACAAGACACAAUGAGAUCAUCAAACUGGAGAACAGCAUCCGAGAGCUACAUGACAUGUUCAUGGAUAUGGCCAUGCUGGUGGAGAGUCAGGGAGAGAUGAUAGAUCGUAUAGAGUAUAAUGUGGAGCACUCAGUGGAUUACGUUGAGAAGGCAGUGUCAGACACCAAGAAGGCGGUAAAGUACCAGAGUAAGGCGCGGCGGAAGAAAGUGCUGAUUCUGAUCUGUUGUGUGCUGCUUGGAAUCAUUAUUGCUUCUACUGUUGGUGGCGUGUUGGCCUGAAAUACACAUUCAAUACAAAUGACACAAACACGCUGAAUAUGAUGCAUCUGGAGCAGAUAAUAAAGAGACUGGUUCAUAUGCAUGUUUGUCUGUUAUUUGUGCCGCUGUGCAGUUCUGUAACCUCACUGUUGUGUGUCGUUGUAUAAAAAUGAUUCCAAUGUGUACAAAUUAAUUAUGGUGUAUAAAGAGAGUCGCUCCUGUGAGAGUGAAACAAACUUUGUGAUGCUUUGAGGUGCUGUGAAUGAAACACAAUCAUUCAAUCUAUAUAAAGAUCCUGGCAGAAACAGAUUAUCAUACUAUAUUAUCAUUAACUCAUUAUUAAGUUGUAUCAUUAUUGUAUGUAUAAAAAAAUAUUUGUCUAAAAUGCUGGGCUAGAAACUUUUUUAAACACAUUCUGCUAUAAACGGCACACUAGUACAUUUUGAGUUUGCUCUGUACGUGAUCAUGUAUAAUCUUAAUCUUAAUCUUAAAUGACUUUUGAUUUGAAUGUGACAGUGAAAUGUAGCCCAAAUGAUAACAGACAAAACAAGACUACCUAUUCUCCAUGCUAAGUAUGAUAAACUUAUUGUUUUGCAAUUUUAUU